GCGGCGACGGCAGGCGGCAGUCAGACAGCAGGGCCGUAUCCACCGGCGCGGAGCAUCAGGGUCGCUGUGCGGAGCCAGUCAACGAAAAGGGAGCCGGUCUUGACGAGAGACCAGGAUGGCGUCACCCAAUGAGAACAGGCCGUUCCCGUUCAAGCUGUUGCCGCCGAGCGACGAUGUCCAGCAGAGGGUGGCGCGGAAUUUCGUCGGGUUGCCCAACGGCCUGGUGUCGUGUAACCACUGGGGCUACAAGUCGGCUGCCUCGGCCACCGACCGGGAGCUGGAGGAGCUCUAUAACCACCCGCUGGACGCGCGGGAUACCUGGGUGGUGACGCCGCCAAAGUGCGGCACCAACUGGACGCUGGAGAUGGUGUGGCUCAUCGCCAACGACCUCGACUACGAGCGCGCCAAGGCGCCGCUCAAACCGGACAGGUGGAGCUUCAUCGACUUCCACCUGCUGUCGGAUAAGGCGGUGAGGGCCAAGCUGAUGCCUGCACGCCCCGGUGGCGGCGGUCCGUCGGGCAGCAGGCCGCCGGCGGACGGUGUCCAGGUGCGGCCGUCACCGGCGUUCGUCAACACCCACCUGCCCAUGUCGCUCAACAACCCGCGCCUGCUGGACGUCUGCAAGGUGGUCUACGUGGCCAGGAACCCCAAGGACGCCUGUGUCUCCUUCUACAAUCACUGCCGCCUGAUCAAGAUGGUCGACUUCACCGGAAACCUCGAGGAAUUCAUGGAGAUGUUCAUGAACGGGGAAGUCAUCGCAACCCCCAUCGUCGACCACAUAAUUGAGGCAUGGAAUCUACGACACCACCCAAACAUGUGCUUCCUCUUCUACGAGGACAUGAAGAAGGACCUGAGGGCGCAGAUCCGCAAGGUGGCCACCUUCCUGGGAAAAACGUUCACCGACGACCAAGUGGACAAGCUGGCGGAACAUCUCCACAUCGACAACUUCAAGAAGAACCCCUACGUCAAUAUGGAGGGGGGCAAGAUGGCGGGUUUCAUGUACCAAGACCGCGGGAACUUUAUCAGGAAAGGCAAGACGGGCGACUGGAAGAACCACUUCAGCCCCGAGAUGACGGCCAGGUUCGACGCGUGGCUAGAGCACAAGCUGAGGGGCACUGACCUCACGUUCGUGCAGGAGCUAGAGCACCAGGACUGACGAACUAGGCACAUACGCCGAUUGGCUGUGCGAAAGGGAGAAAAUGUACUCUAGGCCCAAUCAUAGCACGAGUCAGCGGCUUGGACGCGGUGCUGCCGGCUACGAUGCAAUUUUGUAAUCUACAUACAACAUCACCGGGCUAUACUAUAACAUACCUAUUACCUAUACUAUAAAGUAUGAACGGCACCUGAUUGUAUAUGCUACUACCUACCUACAAUAAAUGCAACGUUUUUGGCACAGUUAAGAACUGUCCGAAAAAUUACACCAGCGCCUCGAACCUUUCAGGGUAGGCAAACACCUCAGCAAUUAAAAAAGUACCUACAAUUAAAAAA